AUGCGAUUCAGUGUGACCGCCACGACGGCCGUCGUCGCCUGCUCCUGCAUGGCGGCGGCCUACGUCGGCGUGCUGUACACGCUGCCCCAGGCGAUCCGGCGGCUGCCGCGCGACCACCCCACGCACAUUCUGGCGCGUUUCCUGCUGAUCUGCAUCUUCUGCGCCAUCUGCCCGUUUGUGCUCGCCGUCUUCUACGACCACGAUGAGGCGAGCAUGUCAUUCGCGCAGUGGCUGGGCAUCCGCUGGGAGGGGCUGGUGCAGGCCGUCGUCAUCCCGCUCUUCACGACGGCCGUGCUGUUCACGGGCUCGCUGCUGGCCAACGCGCUGCGGCUGCUGAACGUGUCGAAGCAGUUCCACUCGAACGGGCUGUGGUUCGCCAUCAAGAACUCGGCGCUGUACUACUCGAUCACGCACGACCGCCUGCCGUCACUGCGCACUUACAUCCUGGGCCCGCUGACGGAAGAGUUUGUGUUCCGGAGCUGCAUGGUUCCGCUGCUCGUGUGCGCGGAGUUCACUGUCAAGCAGAUCGUUUUGGGCAGCCCACUCAUGUUUGGAGCGGCCCAUUUGCACCACUUUAUGGAGUAUGUGAGGCACGGUCGGUCUCCGAAGGACGCCGCGUUGACUGUUGGUUUCCAGCUCAUUUACACCUCUCUCUUUGGAGCAUAUGCCACGUUCAUUUUCUUGAGAACAGGACACUUCGCGUCGAUUUUCCUUGUCCACGUCUUUUGCAACGUAAUGGGCUUCCCAGACCUGUCUUUCUUCAAUCCGGAGAGCUCGUUGCACCCUUAUCGAUUAGUGCUCCUCGGAGCUUAUUUUUUCGGCAUCUACGGGUUCUCGCUGCUCCUGAUGCCGCUGACGGAGCCAACUAUCUACUCAUCGGAGAUGUGGAACAUGACUGCAUCUGCAGUAGAGCACGAAAUUGUGUUCGGGUACUCGGAAACUCUUUAAGAUCCGACAGCCGAACGUUUGUCUUUCCCUGGUAUUGUAUCCGCAGCGGACAGCACAUUAUAGAGCAUUUCAUUAACCGAGAGCGAAAGACCACCGCGCUAGUU